AUGGAAAAAAUGCUAGCGGAAUCGAAUUCACAUUCCGACCACGAAAGUUGGUACAAAUUAGAACGAAUGAUAGGUAAUGGCUCAUUUGGAAUCGUCCAUGAGGCUACUGUAAUUAAAACAAACCAGAGGGUGGCAAUUAAAAAGGUUUUACAGGAUCCUAGAUACAAAAAUCGUGAACUGAGCAUAAUGCGUGAACUGCAUCAUCCGAAUAUUGUGAAUUUAACUGAUUAUUUUUAUACAGAACAUAUAAAGGAUCAAGAAACACACAAAUAUCUUAACCUUGUCAUGGAAUUUGUUCCAGAAACUGUUUAUAGAGUGAUGCGGUCAUAUUUUAAAAAGUACCAUCACAUUCCAAUUAAUUUGGUAAAGAUUUAUUCAUUUCAAAUUUGCAGAGCUUUUGGUUAUCUGCACUCAAGAGGAGUAUGUCAUAGAGACCUAAAACCUCAUAAUUUACUUGUGGACUUGGAAACGAAUGUUUUAAAAUUGUGCGACUUUGGUUCCGCAAAGAUGUUGAAAAGCGGUGAAUGGAGUGUUGCAUAUAUAUGCUCCAGGUUUUAUAGAGCUCCGGAACUAAUGUUAGGCGCAAAUGAGUAUACUACUGCAAUAGAUUCGUGGUCUAUUGGUUGUGUUAUCGGUGAGUUAUUGCUCGGUAGGCCACUUUUUGCUGGAGAUACCAGUAUAGAUCAAUUGGUAAAGAUCAUUCAAAUCUUGGGAACGCCAUCACUAGACCAAAUGCAAGCAAUGAAUCCAAACUACAAUAAUGUUACAUUUCCAAAUUUGAGACCUGUUGACUGGAAAAAGGUAUUCCCGAAGUACACACCCGACGAUGCAAUAUCUUUUGUAUCACAAUUUCUAAGAUACGAUCCAAAGGAGCGCGUGCAUCCAUUGGAAGCACUUGCACACCCAUUUUUUGAUGAUUUACUUUCUUCAAACUCAGAAACAUUUGGGUUUGCGAUUCCAGAGCUUUUAAAUUUUACAGAAGAGGAGCUUGAUUCGAUGUCACCAAGCUGCAAAGAUAAAUUACAGAUUAAGGCGCAGUCGUAG